GUCUGCCGAUACCUGGGCAACGAUGCACUCGUUCGGCCUGGCACUUAUGAGCAGUCGCGCAGUCACUGAGCAGCCUGCUUUUUUGCACAAUAGGCCAUGAUCCAAGAUCUCAAAGCCGAUUCGUCCCGCUGGGACCAAGAAAGACGAGCGGCUAGCCGCCCUUCGGGCAAUACCGCUGGAGGUACAAUGCUCUCGAGCCAUCCGAACGCCGUGUUUGUGAGAAGCUCUAACUCUCCCGCAGCCCCGUCACGCGGUAACGACGGGUACCGCAACUCAGAGACUCAUCAGCAGCGCCAAUACUAUGGACCUUCCUCCACGGACCCUUCCUAUGGCGAUGCCAUGGCUAUUGACCCCCCUACUGCUUAUAACAGUGCCGGUGCCCGGUACCCUGGAACUGGCAAUUCAGGAUACAAUGGAGUGAAUUCCGGCGCUUCUUACGCCGGCCACGGCCAGCGCUAUGAGCCGUCGGGCGCGUUCCCACAGGCCACGCAGUUUGCGGCGCCGCCGCAGCAGCAGUAUGCCCAGGGACCACAGCCCACGGACAUGUACACCGGCAUGCCGGCUGGUUCUGCCCCCAUGGUACCGCAGCCCUUUGGCCAGCGGACUCCUGCCCAGGAUUCAGGCCAAUACGUCCAAGGUGCCCAGUACCGGCAACAGGAUCCCGUGGCUACUUCCUCUCUGUCCAGUAGGACCUUGUAUCAGACAUCGGGGCCUUCCUACCCCCCUGCCACUGACUAUGCUUCCUACGCACCGGCUGGUGGUGCUGCGACCGUCUCGCCGUUCGCCCAGCCUCAGUCCAUUGAUACCUUCUAUGGCCGCGGUGCGUCCUUCUCCACAGCAACAGCAGCUUCCAUUCCAGCUCCAUCUGAUUAUUUAGCUUCCCCUGCAGGAACCCAGCCACCGCAAACAGGGUACAGUGCGGUCCCAGAGCAACACAUUGGAGCAACUACAUCGCGCCGUGACCGUGACCAAGACCGACACCGUGAGAGGGAAAGGGAUCGAGAGCGAGACCGGGGAGACCGGGACGACAGACACGCCGCAGAAAGGCAUGCCCAUCGCCACAGGACCCGCCCUUAAUAACGCCCAUUGCUCUCGUCGCCGUGGGGAUUCCACGUCGUGACUGCUUCUUCGCCGGGCUUUUUUGUUCAUACCAUCGGACCCCUGGAGUUCCACCCUUGACUGGAGAUCGGCGUCACGGCACGUUUCCUUUCUGUUUUCCUCUCUUGCUUUUUUUUUCUCGUUCCAUGGAUAGACCAGGAGAAGAGGUUGGCCUAUACCUCUAGAGCUGCAAGU